GAAGUCAUCAAACCCGGAAGUGAGCGUGAAGGCAAACCGGCCACGGGCAAGAUGGCACGGAGCGUACUGUGUACAGGCCUCGGUGUGCUUCAGCUAGGCAGGAAAACCGCGCUGCUGUCCGGCGCUCGUUUUUACUCGCAGAGCGAAUCGGAGCCGCUGACAGUCAAGCAGCAAAGCGACGGAAUAAGGAGAAUAAUACUGAACAACCCCAAGAAGAGGAAUGCUUUGUCUCUGUCCAUGCUCAAGUCUCUCCGAGAGAACAUCUUAGCUGAUGUUGACAGCGAGGAUGUCAGAGUUAUCAUCCUAUCAGCCAAAGGUCCGGUGUUUUCCUCUGGACACGACCUGAAGGAGCUGACGUCUGCUCAGGGUGGAGAAUAUCACACAAAGGUGUUUCACACCUGCUCAGAGGUGAUGACGCUGAUACAAGACAUACCUGUUCCAGUGAUCGCCAUGGUGAACGGUGUUGCCACAGCAGCCGGAUGCCAGCUUGUUGCUAGUUGUGACAUCGCUGUGGUGACGGAGAAGUCCACCUUUGCUACUCCGGGUGUCAGCGUGGGUCUGUUCUGCUCGACGCCGGCGGUGGCCAUCGGCAGAGCGGUGCCGAGGAAGGUUGCUAUGGAGAUGUUGUUCACAGGAACUCCCAUCUCAGCCCAUGAUGCUUUGCUGCACGGUCUGGUCAGUAAAGUGGUGCCGGAGGAGCGGUUGGAAGAGGAAACAUUAUCCAUCGCCCAGCGUAUCUGUCAAGCUAGCCGACCUGUUGUAGCCCUCGGAAAGGCCACUUUCCAAAGACAAAUGGCUCAAGGUCGCGAUGCUGCGUAUGCCACCGCCUCAAAGGUGAUGGUCGACAACCUGGCUCUGAGAGACGGGCAGGAGGGGAUCCGCGCCUUCAUAGAGAAACGCAAACCAGUGUGGAAUCAUAAAGCAGAAAAAGCCCACGACUGACUGAGUUUUAGCAAAUUAUGCAAUGAUCAUGUGAUUAAUAUUGACAGGAACACAUGAUUAGCACUCACUGGUGAGUUGAGUAAUUGCCACCAGCCUUCAGUGUAUGUGUUGGCUGUGCUGUUUCAUGUUCUCUGAGGAUUUCCUCCUGUUCACCGUAGCUAAAGAUGAUGAUGAUCCAUUGUGUGCCUUAAAAGCUGCUGUGAGAGCAAUGAGAAGGAAAUACACUGUUGACAAAGAUGGUGGAUAACAAAAUAGACAUAAUAGAUAAAUGCUGCUUUCCGUCCAAUUUUAGAUGGAUUAAAUGAGGUUAAGAAUGGAAAGAGAAUCUUAAUGUUGAGAUGAGCUACAUCAAAGCUCUGUUUGCUAGACUGUAAAUCCUAAACAGAAGCUGAAGUUUGGAUCUUUGAGCAAAAUUACUGUUUUUUCAGAUCCUGGUUUAAUUUGUUCUGGAUUUGUAAUUGAAAUAAGUAGAAGAUUAUAAAAAUUAAUGGUCUUGACACAAAACUAUAAUAUUAUAAUUCAAUAAGCUUGUUGAAAUACAACUCUACUUCAGUAGCUUAUAGAGGUAUCAAAUGUUCCCAGUAUUUCAGAAAAACAUUAAUAACAACAUAACUACAACAAAAAUCUAAAAAAUGAAGUAUUUUUUAGGGAUUUUCUUUGUCCUGUUACACAUAAUCCUCACAAUGUCUGCAGGUCCUGAACAGUUAAAGCUGAAAUUCUGCACUUAAAAAAUAAAACACUAUAAAAUAAAAUAAAAAGUCUGUAAAGAAA